CUUCCCCAAAUUCUCAUCUCGCGAGUUUUCACUUAAAUUUUAAACGCGGGAGCCAUCCGCUAAAAGACUGAACGUUAUGCCAUGGAUUCUGUAGACGAGGACGUGUCUGCUCGAAUUCUCCUGCAAGAUGUAAUUCAAACGGAGUAUUCCAGGUCCCCAAUUACCCGCAGUGCCUCCCAGGCUCAGUUCCAGUCCCCUGGGUCCAGAGUCAGACAUAGUAUCAGACUAAGGAGGAGUGAUGUUGGGGCCCUUACCCCACAGGACGCCCUCAAACAGAGCAUGAAAAAGAAGCUUCGUGAGAGCACUUCCAGGUCUUCCCUGCCAGAGCCACCCAGUAAGAGGCGGGCUGUAUCAGAGGGAGUCAGGAAGAUAAACACGCCUGCACCAGCCACAGCCUCACUUCUCUAUGAUGAUGACAUCACACCUAGAUACCUACUCAGGGGGAUCCUGCAGACAGAGCCGGAGACAUCCCUUCUGGUUCAGGACCGGCCAGUCAGGAAGGAGCCAGAGCUGCCCUCCACAAACUCCAGUCUUCACAGCAACCGCCCAAGUACAGGGCUAUCUGAGUUGGAUCUCCCUGACAUGACCACCACAGUAAACCUGUCAAAUACGGUGAAGGGACUAAGCAGGAAGCGACCACGUCGGAGUCUCAACAUAACAGCAUUCAACAGGCAGCUUGAACAUGAAGAUGGAGAGGGUGAAGGUGGCAGUGCAACAGAAAAAGACCUCUCAUCCCUGUCUUCUGCCUCUCCAAGCUCUAUCACCUUCUCUCUGAAAACACCCUUUGUGGACGUUCGGACUGAGAAAAGGGGAUUUCAAAGGAAGGUAGCAAAUCGUAAAAAAAUUUGCCUUGAGGAGUUUGACGAGGCCCUACGGAAUCGACAGGCGGCGAUGGGUGGUGACCCUGAGCUGAGUGUUAGGGAGGAUCAGCAGGGUCUCAGUGAGACCGUUCGUUCUGAGGGGUUCACCUUGGGACUGAGUGACCUCACCGCUCCUGACAUCACCCAUGACAUCAUCACCAGCAACACAGCGCUCUACGCCCCGCCUGAUGACACAGCAACAACCUACAUUAUUGCCACCCAGGACAAAGACACCAUCACAGGAACACAGAUCCAGCGAGAAAUGGGAGUAAUGAAGAAUGAGAAAGAUAUGGAGGAGGUAGGGGAACAAAAGGAGGACAAGAUGGAAAUAGGCAACAAAGAUGGAGAGGAUUUGGCUGGAGAUGCUGGGCAGAGAGAGGCCUCGGUGAGACAGGGGGAGUCCAAAUCACAGACCGAAGAGGUAGCUGACUCCCAGACAGGAGAAGAUGAGGAGCUGGCUAAAUCAGAAGGAGAGGUGUCCGAGUCUCAGGCAGAAGGAGAGGUGUCCGAGUCUCAGGCAGAAGGAGAGGUGUCCGAGUCUCAGGCAGAAGGAGAGGUGUCCGAGUCUCAGGCAGAAGGAGAGGUGUCCGAGUCUCAGGCAGAAGGAGAGGUGUCCGAGUCUCAGGCAGAAGGAGAGGUGUCCGGGUCUCAGGCAGAAGGAGAGGUGUCCGAGUCUCAGGCAGAAGGAGAGGUGUCUGGGUCUCAGGCAGAAGGAGAGGUGUCCGAGUCUCAGGCAGAAGGAGAGGUGUCCGGGUCUCAGGCAGAAGGAGAGGGGAGUUAG